UGGGCGGCGAAAUAACGUGAGGUAUAGUAAAGUUUGUAGGAGCCAGACUGAAGCACAUCCGCUGUGAUAGUGUGGAUUCAUGUAAAUUAUCUGUAAUCCUGUUUCCAUAGAAGAAACGCCUUCUUUUUAGACACAUCUGCCGUUAAAGUUAGUCGAUAGAAAUGGGCCGCGGGGACAAAGUGUUCUGCGUUCUUUGUCAGAGGUCCGAAGAGACGGAGAUAACCGGAGCUUUAUCGACUAAACAAGAAGUCACUGCUCAUCAGAACUGUUUGUUAUAUUCCUCUGGUAUUUAUUGCCGGGAUUCUCCAGAGUUUGACGAUCUGUUUGGUUUCUCUGUGGAUGAUGUGCUGGAUGAGGUCAGACGAGGAAGAUUACUGGUGUGUAAGAAAUGUAAGAAAAAGGGUGCCACUGCUGGGUGUGAAGUCAAACGCUGCAAGAAGUCCUAUCACUACCCCUGUGCUGUUCAAGAUGGAGCUAAGAUUAUUGAGAAUGCAAGCAAAGGGAAAUAUGGGCUAUACUGCUUGAAACACCGUCAGGAAAAUCAAAACAACGGUUCUGUAAAGUCCCGAACUUCCAAAAAUGCCAAUGAAGCUGGAUCAUCUAAGGUAUACUGCCUUGCCUGUGAGAAGACUGAGGGAAAUAUCAGAUUGGAAAGUUUGUCUAAUAGCAUCAUUAUGUUAUAUUGUGACAAACAUGCUCCUCCUUCGCAAAAGAGGAACACUACAGAUGAUUCCACAGCAGCCGGACCGUCUGCGUACAGCAGUGACUCCAACUCAUCCAGCAGUGUGUCGUGUUUGUCUAAGAGACGGUUGAGUUUCAAUGACAAACAGGAAGGGAUCCCCUCUAAGCGGAAAUCUAAAGGCUGCAAAAGGAUAUUAUCAGAAGAUUCUUCAAAUUCAGAUGAGAAUGACCUUAAUACAGAAAUGGCAAUGUUCGCCCCUUUAGAGUCUGAUUUAGACGAAACUGCAAACUCUGUUACAGAGUCUCAGUUGAUCAGAAAAGACACUAAGAGUGCCACUGCGUCCACCUCAGUAACUCAACUGGAGGUUGCGAGCAGAGAUGAUGAAGAUGAAACUAUGAUAGAUUCAGAUGCUGAGUCAGAGAGUCUGCUGCUACCUGUGGAGAUGUGCAUAGAGUCUGGAUUGUCACUUUCUGAGACAAGUACUGCAGACAUAGCCGUAACAACUGUAGAUCCCGGUGCGAUGUCAAAGAAGGCAGUAGAGGUGGUAGACAGAGAAAAUAAAGGGUCCAGUCCUGAGCACAGUUCUGGUCAACACACUGCUGGGCCCUCUGUCCCUCAGCAAAGCACCUCUGGGCCCUCUGUCCCUCAGCAAAGCAUCUCUGGGCCCUCUGUCCCACAGCAAAGGUCCGCUGGGCCCCCUCUCUCUCCUGACCACUCCAAACCCUGCAGUGGUACUGGCUUACCCCAGUGCACCACCAUGGCCAUUUCCCCACCUUCACCUGAAACCAUAUGUGUAUCCCUCCUCUCUUCCUCUCCUUCUCCCUCUCCUACGUACGUCGCUCAGACCCAGAGUCUAGUGUAGACUCCACCGGCUUCUGGAAAAGCUGCAAUGCAGCAGGAUGUACACAGGCCAUCUUCACUGAUUUCAUUAAUGAGAUGAACCAUAUCUCCAGCAGAAUUCAGUCAGACCAGGCCAGCCAGGAGGAUUAUGAUCUUGCGUUAAAAGUAAUGUUGGCUUCUGGGAAACUGGCAGAUCUUGUGACCAAACAGCAGAAAGAGUUACAAAGGAAACAAAUGGAGCUGCAAAAGGCAGCAGCUGCCAUGAAGGACGUCGUGUCAGCACUGAGGAGAUGAGUCCAUCAGCAGCUGCUGUAAGCAUAUGGAUAUCAGUGUUUAUGGUUAACUUUUUAUUCUUUUUUAUCUUUGAUUCUCACUGUUUUGUAUUUCAAAUUACUCACACUGACAUUUAUAUAACAGUGUAUUUAUAUAUUUUGACUGAUUAUGCCUUAAUAUGUAAGAGGGCUGGAUGUGGAAAUACAACAUGGCAUUGAUAAUUCUAAAGCAUUUAAAGAUUUAAAAUGUCUGAUUCUUACAAUAUAUUUUAUAAAUGUAGGAGUUUGUAAGUGGUGCUGUUCCAGUCGGAAUAGAUGUCACAUAGGAAUAUGUCAUUAUGAAAUAUAUUUUCAUUUUAAAAAAAGGGCUUUCACUUCAAAACCUGCACUGAACAUGAAGAAUUGGAAAUAAUAUUUGUCUUGAAAAUGUUCCACAUCCAACCCUACAAACUAGACCAAGUUAGCCUGAUUUUUUUUUACAUGUUGAAAUUGUAAGUAGUAAGUAAUAUUUUUUUUAUUAUGUUUUGCACCAUUUGCACUUUCUUCAAGAACUUAAAAUACAAGAUGCCUCCCAAACUGCGAGUAUUUACAGUAACUUGAAUUGCUGUCAGUGAGUGGCCAAAAUGGUCUGAUGCACCAUUUGUAGACUUAAGUCUUGAUCUAACAAGUUUACUGUGAAUAUGAUUACAUUCAAACUACACCAUGGAGUCCCGAGGUCUGUUUACAUUCUUGAUCAAAAAAGGAAUUUCUGUGUAGUCGUCUUGUUCAGAAAUACAUUUUCAUGACCGUUAUCAAGUACAAUUGAUAAAUAUUCAUAUGAAGCUAAAA